UAGUAAUUCGUCUUCUUGAUCAUCUUCUGAGGAAAACAGAAAAAAACUUUCCGGCCACCAUGGAUCCCGGCGGUCCAACUGCGACUAUCAUUGAAAGGAUCAUAACUUUAGAACCAGAGAACGCUUUCAAAAUCAUUGGCUAUUUUCUGUUGCAGGACAUUGAAGACUGUGAUUUGAUUCAACUUGCUUUUGGCACUGACCAAGUCCUAAAAGAUCUCUGUGAAAAAGCUAAAUCCGUUUUGGGUAUAUUAAACCCUAAUUUGAGGCCCUUCAAUCCCCUUCACCAGUCAUUGUCUCAGUCUUCCCCAAGAAAUGAGUUCUUGGACUUCUCCAGAAACCCUAACCCUUUGUCUCCUUCGUUAACUUCGAAUACAUUCGGAUAUAACCCUGACUUUCGUCAUGAAGGUUCGUCGCAACAACAACAACAACAAUGGAGUAACCAUUUUCCAUUUGCCAAUUUGCACCAGAGGAGUUUCUCGGCUAAUGAACCCGGUUAUCAGUUUCUACCAGGCGGUUUAGUUGAUGGUUUUGGUUCUCCUGGUGGUUUAGGGUCGCCCAGUGAAAGGAUAUCUCCGAAUCAGCAACAAAGAAUGAUUGCUGCUCAUGGCUCACCAAUGUCGAACAUACAAGGAUCAGGACAAUUUGGAGUACAAGGACAAUUUGGAGUACAAGGACAAAGAAUGAUUGCUCCUCAGUUCAUGGGGGAUUUUGGCUCUCCAUUGUCGAACAGACAAGGAUCUGGACAAUUUGGAGUAGAAGGUGGUUUUGGGUCGCCGAGUGAGCAAAAAAGAAUGAUCGCUCCUCUGUUCAUGGGGGAUUUUGGCUCUCCAAUGUCGAACAUACAAGGAUCAGGACAAUUUGGAGUACAAGGAAGGGAGGAAAGAAGAUAUUCAGUCUCUAAUCAGCUUUACUUGACAUUUCAACCUGAAAGCUCCUUCACUAAUGUAGACGUCAAAACUUAUUUCAGCAAUUUUGGACCUGUGGUAGACGUAAGUUUUCCAUAUCAGGAGCAACGGACGUUUGGAUUUGUCACUUUCGCUAAUGCUGAAACCGUGACAACCAUAUUGGCUGGAGUGCGCCUUCAUAUCAUCGGUGGUUCACGUGUGACUGUUAAACCAUGCAAGCAGAAAGAAACAAUCCCUCAAAAACAAGGAUCAGGACAAUUUGGAGUACAAGGAAGGCAGGGAAAAAGAUAUCCAGCCUCUCAUCAGCUUUACUUGACAUUUCCACCUGAAAGCUCCUUCACUGAUGAAGACGUCUCAACUUAUUUCGGCAAUUUUGGACCUGUGGUAGACGUAAGGAUUCCAAAUCAGGAGCGACGGAUGUUUGGGUUUGUCACUUUCGCUAAUGCUGAAACCGUGACAACCGUAUUGGCUCAAGGAAACUCUCAUCUUAUCGGUGAAUCAGCUGUGAUCGUUAAACCAUACCAGCAGAAAGAAACAAUCCCUCAAGACAGCGGGCAGCAGCAGCAACUGAACCAGCUGUUGGAGAGAGAGAACCUUUUACAUCAUCCACGUCUUUCGGGAAUGGACCCAAGGGAUCAAGAUGAAAGUCGCUUUGGACCAAUGAUGUUUAGAAACCCGACACAGGAGAUGCGGCAAAGGAGAAAUGUGCAAGCUGAUUUACAACAAGCCAUAGAAGUAGAAGACCAAAGAAGAAGGUUAUUGAAUCUGAAAUUGCCUGACAUGGAGAAUAAAUCUAUUCACCAUCACCAGCGUAGUCCUUCUAUCGCUUCUCCCGCUCAUUUCCCAUCUCAAGUCAGGGAAGGCGAUAGUGGUAUAGGUGAGAAAGAUCUUGAGCAAGUAGCAACCAGCAACGAAGAACAUCAAGGGCAAGAGAGGAGUCUGGAGAAUACUCUUCCUGAUAGUUCGUUUGGUUCCUCAAAUAAAUCCGGCCAAACAAGCCGAGUCUAAUACCGAGGAGAUUAAGAAGUACUCUCAUCAGAUCCAUCAGCCUAGUAUGAGCUCACUAUAAGCAGAAAGAAACAAGUGUGUAUAUAAGUGAAAGAAAAGAAGUAGAAGAAGAAAUUGUCUAUACAUAGAAAAAGCAAAGAGAACAGUUAUAGGAUUUUACUGCUAAUCUCGACAACAUAUGAAUACUUAGACCAAUACAGUAGCUGAAACUCAUAAGUAGGUUUCCUUGUGGUAAAUCCUUUUUACCUUAUCGGAUCCAAGUCCUGGUUUUUUUUGGACUAAGGCUGUAUAAAAUGCAUUUCUUUUUUCCUUGGUGCUCUCUUGUAGACAAAGGGUACGCAAAAAGUGUCUGAAAGGUUGAAACUU